UUGCUACAAACUUUGAUCAUUCAACUAUCAGAAAAAUGUACAGUAUUUUUUUAAAAAAAAAAAUUAUGAAUUACCUCAAAAAAUAAAAUGAAAUUCAUGUGCUAACUGAUUGAGUCGUCUUUAUCAAUUGUCCUUUCACAUUUACUACCCUAACUCCUACUUCAAUUUGUUAGUUGGAGUACAAUCAAUUGAUUCUAUUUUAGUGCACCUAUUUUUACAUAUUUUAGCAGUAGGAAAAACGAAGAAAGGAGGUUUUUUGGGUACAAGUUUGAGUAAUUGAGGGGAAACCCAGAAAAAAAAAAUCAAAAUUGGAGUUUUUAAAUGGAGGGUUUGAGUAUAGGUGAAGAUAAAAGUAUUGAUGGGAUGAGAGAGAAUGGGGUUUCUACCCUCCAUAGGCGCUCAAGGAGUGCUUCAGACAGGAAUGGCGAUAUCUCAAAAAUUGGAGUUCCUUAUCUGAUCGGCUGCAAUCAAAACGUCUCUCUUGACUCACCAUAUUCCACGAGGACCUAUGGCUCUCAAACCCCUCUUAACAUCGAUUCAAGUACAAGCUCAUCAAAUCACCGCUCCUCUUUGGAAAAGGAUGUAUAUCUACUUCAAUCACGUUUACAGCAAGAGAAGUCAAUGCGCAAUAUGCUUGAGAAAGCGAUUGGUCGGGCUUCUAGCGCUUUGUCUCCAGGUCAUAGGCAUUUUGCCUCUCAGACGAAAGAGCUGAUUGCCGAGAUUGAGCUACUUGAAGAAGAAGUUGCCAAUAGAGAGCAGCAUGUACUUUCUCUCUACAGGAACAUCUUUGAACAGUGUGUCAGUCAGCCGUCAUCUGUGCAAACCUCUGGCAUGAGUUCCCCUGCUCAUAAAAAAAACAAGGCAAGGAAACAUCCUAGCAUAAUUUCAAGCGCUUUUUGUUCCUCGAAGAAGUUUCCUCUGCGAGCUCUUUCUUUAAAAAGCACUUCUGCGAAGAAAGACGGCAAGCUUAGACAUUCCCCGUUAUGCACGGGAAAAGUAGAUAUACAUUUUGAGAAGCCUUGUUCUAACCAGACGAAGUUUCAGGUUCGCGGGAAGUCACCAGACACAGUAAAGAAUUCUGGUCUGCGAACUUUAAAGGAUUACCUACAUCAGUGCCCUAGCAAGUUGUCUGAGGAAAUGGUUAAGUGCAUGGCCGCAGUUUAUUGCUGGCUUUGCAGUGAAUCGUCGACAAAAUCUGAAAAAUCACGGAAUAAUCAAUCAUCUGUUGUCUCAAGGUCCUGUGCUGAUCGCGCCCCCCAACUUGGCAGCCAAAAAAAUCAAUAUUCUAAAUCCAUGAUAGAGAUAUCCUCAAUGCCAACUGACAAAAAACAGAUAUCUCGUGCAUCUUACGCAAUCAGCAGCUAUAGAACACUCGUUGAGCAACUAGAAAGGGUGAAUGUGAGCCACAUGGAAGCUGAAGCCCAGAUUGCUUUCUGGAUCAACAUCCAUAAUUCUCUCAUUAUGCAUGCAUAUUUAGCAUAUGGAAUCCCCCAUAGUUCUCUGAGAAGACUAGCCCUGUUUCACAAGGCGGCCUACAACAUUGGUGGAAUUGUUGUCACUGCAAAUGCCAUAGAACACACAAUAUUCUGCUUCCGUACACCUCGAAUUGGCGGGUGGGUUGAAACCUUCCUGUCGACUGCCUUCAGGAAGAAAUCUGGAGAUGAGAAGCAACUCCUUUCUUCAAAAAUCAGUCUUCCUGAUUCACAGCCCCUUGUUUCCUUUGCGCUCUGCACUGGGGCCUUUUCCGAUCCAGUGCUGAAGGUCUACACAGCAGCCAAUGUCAGAAGCGAGUUAGAACAGGCAAAGAUGGAAUUUCUUCAAACCAACAUAGUAGUGAAGAAGUCGAAGGUGUUCCUACCAAAAAUGCUUGAAAGGUUUUCCAGAGAAGCUUCCAUGGGAUCAGACGAACUCCUCAAGUGGGUCGGCGAGAACGUUGAUAGGAAGCUCCAGGACUCUAUUCAACUAUGCCUUGAUUCUAAGAACUGCAAGAAAGCAUCUCAGAUAAUUGAGUGGUUACAGUACAGCUCUAAAUUUAGAUAUGCAUUCUCAGGAAAACUUGCCUCAAAGCCUUGGUGGGUCUAGUUUAUUACUAGGAUGAGUAUGUUGAUGUUAAAAUCAAGAUGUUGCAUGUCCAUUUUUGUUUUACCAAGUAGUACAUGGUCACUUCAAGACUGUUAUCUUAGUCAUAGAGGUCUUGGGUUCGAAUUUUGCAAGUGUGAAAUUUGGGGUAGAGUUUCCCUUAUUUCUCCUGGCCCUUCUUUACUCUCAAGUAUUGACCCGUAAAUGUCAGACCUUCGAGGUCUUAGAAAAUUUUCGAUUUAUGUUUUACGAUAUCACAAACAAUUAUUGAUCU